UUUCCCAGCUUCCCCGAUUCAUCCCGUGACACUAACUAGGACCAGGACUGCAGAGUGGGUGCUUUUGCAGCAGCGUUUGUCCAGCCCUCACCGGCUCUGGACCCAGCGCCAUAAUCGGACAUCGCUCCAUCAUGGAAGAAGCAGACCGAAUCCUCAUCCAUUCCCUGCGCCAGGCUGGCACGGAAAUUCCUCCAGAUGUGCAAUCUCUGCGGGCCUUCAACACGGAGAUGGCCGUAGAAGCUGUGGUGCGUUGCCUGCGAGUGAUCAAUCCUCCUGUGGGCUCUGGCCUCAGUCACCUGUUGCCGCUUGCCAUGUCUGCACGCUUCCGCCUGGCCAUGAGUCUGGCUCAGGCCUGUAUGGACCUGGGCUACCCACUGGAGCUGGGCUACCAGAACUUCCUGUACCCCAGUGAGCCUGACCUCCGGGACCUCCUGCUCUUCUUGGUUGAACGUCUGCCCACUGAUACCUCUGAGGAUGCAGACCAGCCUGCAGGUGACUCAGCUAUCCUCUUCCGUUCCAUUGGCGGUGAACUUGGGCAGCAGAUGACCCUGUCCUCGGUCCCAUCCCGCCAUUACAUUCCUGAUCUGGAAAACCUCCAGGACACGGUUCCGGAGAAGCUUUUUCAUUUCAGCAAGGUGAUCAUGGCCGAGAUGAACUCUAAAGCAGAGCUCCGGGAGUAUCAGGCCAGCGCCCAGCUGCUGCCAGCUUCUAAGCAGGUGCCCGAGGCUCCUGAGAGGGCAACAUCAUUCCUGGAAUGCCACACUUUCCAGCUCAGCGAUUUCACAGGCCAGGACCAGCCUGGGAAUGAAGGCUGGGUCCUCCACGCACCCUGCCAUCCCACUCAGGAGGACACAUGGGCGCAGCAGCAGCAGCAACUGAAGAAGUACAUGGCUGAACAUCUGCGCCAGACCUCCAGCCAGCUGGAAGCCCUUGAACCCGAGCAAGACUUGGGAGAAAUGCUGCAGGCCUGGGGCGGCAGGGAUGACACCGAUGUUCCCAAGGGCUCCCGCUUUAUGCACUCGGAGAAGUUCACCUUUCAUGGGGAGCCUGAGGCCCAGGCAGCUGCAGUGUCAGAUGUGCUGACUCCCGAGCAGCCUGCACAGCCUGUGCCCCAGGACACGCAAGCAGAUGAAGAGCAGGAGCUAGAGGCACUCCGGCGGGAGCUGGAUGAGGUGGAGCGCGGCAUUGAUGAGUUCGAAGCCGUAAUGAAGGCACUGGGCCUCAACAUUGAACAGGUGGAGAGCGAGUGUCAGGAGAACGAGCAGAGCAUGGCCGAGCGGGAGCAGGCACUGCGCGUCCAGAGCCAGGCUGUGGAGCUGCUGCCUGAUGGGCCUACCAACCUUGCCAAGCUCCAGAUGCUGGUGGAGAGCAGUGCCCAGCGGGUCAUCCACUUGGCAGAACAGUGGGAGAAGCACCGGGUCCCCCUCCUCGAAGAGUACCGCCACCUUCGCCAGCUCCAGGAAUCCAGAGAGCUGGAAUCUUCUCGACGGCUUGCCGAGAUCCAAGAACUGCACCAGAGCAUCAGGGCAGCUGCUGAUGAAGCUCGCAGGAAGGAGGAUGUCUAUAAGCAGCUGAUGGUGGAGCUGGAGAGCCUGCCCAGAGAUGUGUCCCGGCUGUCUUAUACCCAGCGCAUCCUGGAGAUCGUGGGCAACAUCCAGAAGCAGAAGGAAGAGAUCACGAAGAUCUUGUCUGACACGAAGGAGCUUCAGAAAGAAAUCAACUCCCUCUCUGGGAAGCUGGACCGGACAUUUGCUGUGACUGAUGAGCUGGUAUUCAAGGAUGCCAAGAAGGAUGAUGCAGUUCGGAAGGCCUACAAGUACCUAGCUGCCUUGCAUGAGAAUUGCAGCCAGCUUAUCAAGACCAUUGAGGACACUGGCACCAUCAUGCGUGAGGUUCGGGAUCUGGAGGAGCAGAUCGAGACAGAGAUGGGCAAGAAGACCCUCAGCAACCUGGAGAAGAUCCGUGAGGACUACCGAGCCCUUCGCCAGGAGAAUGCGAAUCUCUUGGGCCGAUUCCGUGAGACCUGAAGAAUCCCCAGCAAAGGUCCAACACCCCCCAUCCCAGAUCUGGGGCUGUUGGAUGCAAAUAACAAGCACUUGUCCGGGCAAAACCCUGUGUUGUUUUGCAGUUCCUCUGGCUGAGGCCUUAGACCCAACCCCCUCCCCACCUAACCCUAACCCUUACCUGGCGUGACAGUGGAGAAUAUGGGAGCUUGGUAGUUUAUUGGGGAGGGCACAUGGU